GCUGCUCUCCUUGUUGAGGGUGUUCCAAUCUGCCUCAGCAGUACAGAUCAGUCCAGCCCCGCUCUCUCAUAAGAGCAGCGCAUGCACGUACGCUCGCAUACUCACACACCCAACACGCAGAGAUACACACUCGCAGGCACGCUCACACACACAGACGCACACGCAGACAGGCACACCGAGCAGCCUCAUCUACCAGCUCCAAGACGCAGCCAGAGCCAGCUAAAAGACACAGCCCCAUAACAGCAGACCAGCAUGGAUGCACUGAAGAAAGGAUUCUCAAUUGCCAAGGAGGGCGUCGUGGCAGCAGCGGAGAAGACCAAGGCAGGUGUGGAGGAGGCAGCUGCCAAAACUAAGGAGGGAGUCAUGUAUGUGGGGAACAAGACAAAGGACGGGAUGGUAGCAGGUGUGAACACAGUGGCCCAGAGAACGACUGACCAGGCCAAUAUUGUCGGGGACGCAACGGUCGCCGGGGCCAAUGAGCUGUCUCAGCAAACAGUGGAGGGGUUGGAGAAUGUGGCAGUGAACUCCGGAUUGGUGAACCAGGAACAGGGACAGGAAGAAGCUGUAACUGAGGGUGACUUCUCACAGGGAGCUGAGCAGGCCGGACAGUAGGAGUGUUGGUCCUGACCUCAGUGAUUAGCAGCGGUCUCCCUCGUCUUCUGUUUUAGAAGAGCUGCUGCUUGUCCUGCGUAUCCCAUCGUCACCUCAUGGGUCCUGGGGAACCUUACUGCCCCCAGCGUCUCCUCUCUGAUGCUUUCUUUGUGUGAAUCGAUGGAAACAACAACACAAAAAUCUAAAAGAUCCUCCCCAACCAAAACAACCCUCAACCAUAAACACUCUACACAUUCCUACCCUAAUGCCUUUACCGUCCAUAUACCUCAUCCCCGACAUUUACCCACCUUACCACUGUGACCAUCCUCACCCACCAUCCCCUGUGCCCACUCAAGAUCACCUUACCACACAUACAGUACACACACGCAUAUACACCACAACGUUGAGAAAGACUUCUCAGAACAAUAUAUAUUUUUUCUCCCCAAGAGUUUCGGCAAUGUGAGACUUACUGGUAGUGUUCACGCUGUCAGCUAACGUAACACGUGUACUUAUACUGUAGAUGUACUUAUAUCAGUGUAUGCUUUAGUCAGGUUUGUUGAUUAAUAUGUGUUUGAAGCCUGUGUAUAUUUAACCCCUUGUGUCUUAAUGCCUGACAUCCCCUUAUUAUGACAGAUCGGGGUUCAGGGUCGGAGUGAAAGUGGAGUUAUGGGUUAACAGGAUCAUAUUGUCUGUUUUACUCCCCAUAUUCACAUGACCGAUCACGUUACCCAGUCUCACACCUUCAAUGGGGCUGCAGUACAUACAGGGAACUAUGUAUCUCAUAAACAGAUACUGUCUGGUGUUUCCAGCUGUCUUUCCACUCAAACCUGGGUCUGCAAUUAUAGCGUUAUCAAAGAGAGAAAGGUUACAUCAGGAGUUUGCAAUGGCCUUUAUAAUUUCACUAGUUGCAAUGAAAGGCAAUAAAUAAGAUCUGUUGAGGUGUUUUUGCAUGUGAUCAGAUUAAAGAUAAAGUGCCCAACAGAUUCAGUAUGUAGGCCUACCUCAGAAGUGGAUGCAAGUAGUCGCCAGGUGAAAUACCUUGACAUCAGUGGUGGCUGGUAGGAGGCGUUAUAGGAGGAUGGGCUCAUUGUAAUGACUGGAAUGGAAUAUAUGGAACGGAGUCAAAUGUGGUUUCAUGUCAUUCCAUUUAUUCCAUUCCAGCCAUUACAAUGAGCCCAUCCUUCUAUUAGCGCCACCCCACCAGCCUCCACUGCUUGACAUCCCAUACAUCUGGUUUCAGACGAAACAAAUCUCUCCACCCAUUCGUCAUGCUUUUACUGCUCAGUCAUACAAGACACACCUCCUGUCACUCAACAAUGUGCCCUGGCCCCUCCCCUGUGUCUGCGCUCCUGGCUAAAACAGGUCUUUUAAACCAUUACAGUGUUUGCCCUUUGAAGCCAUCUGAAACGAGACUGCAUGUUGCCUUACUAACAACCAGACACAUACUCAGACACACAUUCAUUGGUACUAAAAACAACCUCACAAAUUAAAAUGCACAUAUCACACAUUUAUCCAAGAAUUAGAGGUGACACAUUCACACAGACAUGCAAAUAUAUGUUGGUAUCAAAGCAGACUCUUUUAUAAACAGUACAACUGAACUGAAAUAAAAAUGUUUAAAUCCAAAA